UUCCCCGCACCGGGCCAACCGAGGGGCCUGUGCGCGCCUGCGCAGUGCCCGCUUGGCACCGCUGCCCCCGGGCCGCCCCGGGGUACCGGUGUCGGCUGAGGCGAAGGACGUGGUGAUGUUUGCAUUUGGUAUGCUGUGUCCUACGAACCCAAAAUACUGGAGUCGUUUGAAGAUUAUGUAAAAACAAAAGUGCAGAUACCCUUUAAGAAGAACAGUAAUGGGACCAGGCAUUCAAGAAUAUCCCUUAUUACUGCACAGAGAGACACAGAAAAAGGAAAGCCAGAUCAAUGAAAACCACAAAGGAAUGGUAAAUAAUGGAAAAAGCCAUCCAAGCACCAAAGGACUAAAUAAACCAAUUUCUCAUGUGAAGCCAUCUCCUGGAAGAUUAGGCAAAAAUGUAUCAAGUGCCAUUGAAAAGACUUCUGACAGUCAAGAUGGUAGACAGUCAAGUAUUUCUAAGAAGGGAAGAAACCAGCUGGAUGACAAUACUCAGUCAAAAAGGAUCAUGAGUGUUUGCCCAUCUCUGCACAGAGCACAAGGACCAAAGAGAAGUCUCCCAGAAAGAAGGCAAAAUGAAUCUUUUCUGCAUGGGAUCCCUCCUAGCAUCAAGGGCAGCACACAAGGUAGCUUCUGUAGGGUUAAAGAUGUCCCAAUGCAACAUUUCUAUUACAGCAAAAAAGAACAGUUGGAAAAGAAUUACCAAGAUGUUGCUGGAGCUGGUCCAUGCUCUUCUAAAUGGCAAGAAGCCUCUGUAGAUGAAAUGUUUCUUGAUUUUGAAUCGGUACAAAUUAUUAAAGAAGAUGCUGAAGAUGAUAGUGCCAGUGACCUCUCUGACUCAGAAAGGAUUCCCAUUCCCCCGUCUCCCUGCACACCACCUGAACUCAUUCUCAGAGCUGAAGAAAUUGAUCCGGUUUGUUUAGAACACGUUCCUGAUACAGGAUUUAAAGAAUCAGAAUAUUACUACCCAGACUUCCUCCCACCUCCUUUCAACUCAUGGGACUUGAAACAACUGGCAAUCUUUGUUAACGUGGAGGGUAAAACUGAGUUUCAACCAAAGCCAACGGGAUUUCUUGAGAAGUACAUUGAUCGCCUUGUGCAGCUGGAAUGGCUGCAGAUGCAGACUGUGCAGAAUGAGAAAGGAAAAGCAGCCAAAGCCAGGCCACAGACUACUCCGGGCUCCAUCCGUACCCUGAAAAGCCCUGGCAAAAGCAAAGCAUUGCUCAGCCCUUUGCCUAGCAAGCAAGGGGUUCCCCAAGAAAGAGUUACAAAGCUGCCCAGAAGCUGUUCAGGUCCCAGGGGAGAUUCGUACUGUGAAGAAAGUCACCGGUUACAGUCUCAUCCGGGUCACUUGAAACUUUCUGAGAGAACGGGGCAGGCACUGCCUGCUCAGAGACAAUCUGGUGAAGUAAGGAGUGAACUGAAAAAAAAACCAGCUCCAAAGCAGUUUCACAACAUGCAGCCCUCAGAGAACAAUUCUAAAAUUCAAAGUGUUGGUAAUAUCAGACCCCCUAAGCAACCUCCAGUAUUUCAUGGUUCAGCUGCUCCCAUCAAAGGCUUAAAAACAUAUGGGAGUACAAAUCCAAAGAAAAAUGGCAAUACCAAUAAUUAUGUUCCUUCUAAAAAACCAACAGUAGACAGGAAGAUAAAAACAAAUGGCACAAAGCAAACAUUUUGCAAAUUUAAAUGAAGAAAAAUUCAUUAGUUAAUGAUGAUGCUUCUUGACUGCUAAAAAGCAUUUGGCCAGUGCAGAAGGAUGUUUUCUUCAUAGGAAGAUUCUGAGAAAGUGUGUUCAUGAUGCAUGGUUCUAUGUCAGCACUGUUCAUUUCAAUAUAUUUGAUCUAAAGCCAGCAAGGCCAGCAGAAAAUCCUUUCCCUGAAGGCAAAUGUCUUCCAUUGGUCUUUCCCCCAAAAUAUUUUCAGUUGUUCUAUGAAGAUAAUAAUAGACAGAGUAGACAAAUUUAGAGAAAUAUCAAAUUCCAACAUGUCCUUCUGUUUGCACCAGUUGAAGUCCAUUGAAAUCUGUGCUGUUUCUUAUGCUUACCUUGGUAUAUCUGAGGGAAUAGGACCCAUGCUCUAUUUUUGAGCAAAUGUGCUAUUUUGUGAGAGAGGUUUGAUGGUGGUGUUUGCUGAUGGAAAAGGGCUCAACUGUUUUAUAAAAAAAAUUGAGCAUGCUUAUCUAUGCAAAGUCAAACUAACGCUUCACAGAAGAUGAUGAAUUGGAUAUUUUUUUUUAUGCUUUUAUAGAAGAAGAAUGGACAUAAUGUUUUGAAAUAUUUUAAUGCAGAAGGGAUUGUUUUUAAGACAAAAACUUAUUAGGGAGCAGACAACUUCUACAGUGAUAGAUUAAGAAAAUGGAAUGCAUAUUUUUAUACCCAGAAAUGUCCAAUGUGUGUACAGACAGCUUUCCUUAAAGUUCAUUUUGUAAGUCUUGAUGCUCUGUGUUAUUUAGAUGGAAUGACCAAAUUUCAAAUUGCACAUGGAUAUUUAUGAUUAAUGCAAAAUAAGUUGAUUACUAGAGACUCUGUGGCCUGAUUUUCAGAACUGGUAGCCUCUCAAAAAUAGACUCUUAGGAAAUGAAUGUAGAGACUGCUGUAAGUUCAGGGAAAGAUAUAUUUUGGUACAAAAGAUAUCUAUUUUCAUUCACCUAUUAUUUAUCCUGUGGUCCACUCUACUUCAGUUAGCUUCUUGUUUCAAGAUUGAGUGAAGUAACAUGGAGAAACAUCAUACUGGACAGAAACUGCAUCUCCUGUGUCUGUGAGAUACAAGAGAAUGUGAAGGAUAGCUCUGAGUAUUCAGGUGUCAGUUCAGCUGUUAUGAUUCCAAAUCAAUCACAACAGCUGGGGACGUGAUCUUGAUGAAAGAUGAAAUUCUAGAGGAUAUUUUGUACUUUAAUAUGAAAUACUGAGCACCAUUAAACUCAGCCUCAGUCACCAAUCCCACUGAACUGUAAUGAGAACUGAGGUCUGACAGAUCAGGUAGUACAAGUGCAUCCUUGACAUUGUGAAAGUAGCAAGAACCAAAAGGUACCUUGUGUAUAUAGUUAAAUUGCACUUCUCUUGUUGAUCUCAUCUUGGUUUUAAGAUGCUUGGCUGUUUCUGUUCUUUCAUUGUGCCUACCAGAUAUUCAGCUUUGUAAAAUUUCAAAGCAUGGAUUAAUAUGUAGUUUAAAAUGUGAGAAUAUUAAUAAAUGUAAUAAUAAGCUAGAGUAUUUUACAGUACAUAAAAACGUUGCUCAGGAAUAGUCUAAAAAUAUUUUUAGUGGGUUUUUUCUUGUCUACUGCAGAUCAAAUGUGAGAUUUUAAAUUGAUAAAGGAAACAAAUGUAAUAUACAUUAUUACAUUGCCAUAUCAGUAUUUGUGAGGUUACAGUUCAAGUGAAUUGUAGUUGCAUGUACAUUCAGCUGUAUGGCAUUUAUGUUAAUCUAAAUCUGACAUGCUCAAAGAUCAAAUAAAUUGGCUGUGUCAGAGAUGUGGUGAAAUUUAGAGGAUGGCAUUCAACACCAGCAACUGCAGAGCACCAGCACAUUCUAAUUGUUGUUUUUCAUCCUUUUGCUUUGUUCCAGACUCAUCAUGUUUUUCAGCUCUUUUUUUUUUAGGUUCUUGCAUCCAGUGCUAGAAUUCCAAGCUCUGACCAGAUUCUACAAGCUUUCUUCAGUUAAGUUUUCCUGAUUCACGUUAACAGUAGCGAAAGUUGGCAGAUCUUCUCUUGCCAAUAGGCACCACAGUGCAUGGUUUUAGUACAAUGUUUUAGUGCAGUUGGAAGGACCAAAACCAAGGUAACCAGGAUCAAGUCAAUUGCCAGAAUAGGAGUUUUCUAGAGCAAAUUCUGCUGGACACGAUAAUUAAUUUAAAUAAAUUUUCCUCUGAAACAUUAUUCCAAAUUGAUGCUUUCUUAAGUUACAAGGAGGGUAUGUAGGAACAGGGACAUUUUGCAUGAUCACUUCUGAAAGAAUAAAUAGUGUUUCAGUCAGCUUGACCAGAGCUAAGGUGACUGGCACUGAGAAGUUUUUUCUCACAGAACUAGGAUAUUUUUGUUUUAAUGUAGUGCUUAUGGUAUGAUGGAUAGGAGUGUGUUGCUGGAGACUGAGAAGUUAAGCAGAAAGAGAUGGUGAUGCACUUAAAAUAAAUCUGAAUGCUUGUUCAUCACUAAGCUCUGGAUGGAUCUGGCCAACUACAUUCAUUGCGUGAUAAUCAGACAAGUCUCAUUUUUGUUCAUUGAUUUAGUAGUUCUUACACAGUAUUCUUUGUUCACAUACAGAAAUAGAAAUUUUGUGUUUGCUCCAACAAGCGGUUCUUAGAGUGAUCAGACUUGCAAGGGUUGGAUUUUAUCCUGCAGCCCUUUAGUGCCCAUUUGAACUUGACUUUGUUCUGGGCCUGUAGACCAAAAGAGCUCCUUUUAUUAAAAGGACUGUUUUAGGAUUUCUUCAUUUUGUAUUGAUGGAUCUUCUCUUCAUAAGCACUUAUGAAAAUAGCAGAAAGGUUCAUUCCAUCAAAUACAUUCAUUUUGGGAUUAAAAUACUUCAUAGCACAGUGUUUGUAGGGCUGUAUAUAUUUUUUUCAAUGUUUAGCAAUAGGAUCAUAUGUGUGUCUAAGCCUAGAAUUGAUGAUGCUUCUUGAAGAACAAGUUUACUGAGAUAUUAAAGAAUAAUUAUUUUUUCUAGAUAAUUUAAAGUUUUAAUGUUCUGCAGUACUACCUGCAAAACAAAUACACUCAGGUUCCAUUUUAAAUAAGCAGCCAAAUUCUAUUUCAGUUAUGCUAGUAUAAGCUUUGAACAGCUCUUUGUUUUCAAUCAAAUUACCCUGUUACAAAGAUGUGAAAACCACAGAAUUUUACUCCAAUAUAUAAAAACUGUUUUCCUUAGCAAUGCUAUACUUUAUUUUAUAUGUAUACCAUGAACAGUUAUAAACUGAUAUUGUUUUUCUGUUGACACGUUUCUUUUUUCUGUGUUAUUUACAUCUCUGCAGUGAAAUACUCUGGUCAGUUAAAAGUUUUACCUCUCCCUGGGCUCUUCCCCCUCCCAAUAGCUUUCAAUCGUCUACAGCAGUUCUGAAGCUCCUGCACAAAGUCUCCAGAUCCUCAUUCUGAAGCAGGUACCAAGUUUCUGCAGUUACUCCCUCUGAAUUUGUGUUCCAAGGACGGGUUAUUGUGUGAGCAACAUGCACCAUUUUGGGAACAGGGGGGGAACAUCUUCCUCUAGUGGGAGGUAGGAAGACUCAAAUCAAGUCCUACUGAAGGUUCUGUGUCCUAAAUCACUGGGUGACCACUUGUUCAGGCUGAUAAAAUGGACUGUGUUUUUCCUUUAUUGAGAGACAAUGUUUGAUGAUAAGAAUUCAGGGUAGGGGGAUAAUAAUAAUGCUUCUCACAGAGGCAGAGAAUCAUCCUUUCUGUGUUUCAUUUGUGGUUGUUUCAGGUAACUUUUAUCCUGUAUUUGCUAUUUAAAUUAUUUUGUUACAAGUUUGAGUGUAUUUUGACAGUGUUUUCAGUCAGUAUGUCAAAUCUUGAUCUGAUAUUGUAGUUGAAAUGUCUACAGUUUGGAAUUGCCUAUAAUGUACUAGGCUUUGCCUUAUUUUAAAGAUAUUGAGUCUUUGUUGCUCUCAUUGGCAUUAGUGUGUUUUGCUCUGAAAAAUAAUUUGACAGACCACUCUGGAAAGAUUGAAAUUCAAUAAACUGAGAAUUUGCAGCCCAGCAUUUGAUGUUGGUAA